GUUCAUCUCCUUUCGACUAUGAAAUUUCUCCUUCUCACCCAGGAAUCUGAUACUCAGCAUCAACAUGAGAUGUCCAUCCGUUUGCCCCAGCAACCAUCUUUGCAGUGUUCUCCUAACCACAUCCUCCCAGAUGACCCGAAGCCACGCAAACCCUCUUCGAGGACUCACUCAACCCAAUCAAGUCUUCAGAUACCAGAAGCCCCUGAACAGGCCCAGAACAGUCGAUCCUGUUACCCGGGUCACCCGGGUUGCAAUCAUGCAAGGCACCUGCCUGCACGAAACAAGGGGUGCUCACUCCAAGGCCACACAUUCUUCCUCUUGCAUGCAUCCCUUGAGUACCUGAAACAAUCCUCAAUGAAGGGAGUGGAAUGUUUUCAAAACUCCACACAUCUGGACUGCAGUCGACGAGUCACAUUGUGUUUGAUACUUUUUUCACUGUCUCAGUGGGAGAAUCUAACGAUGUCUUCCAUCUCUCAUCACGACGUGUUCUCUGUGCGGUCAACAGUGCUGCUAGACUUCCGGGGUUUUUCGCUUGUCUAUUCGAUGCAAGAAUAACUAGACGUUACCACCAAAUCACCCUUUCAUUAAUUAUACUACGAACUGUUGUCCCGUUCUCGAGUUACAUUGCAGUCACGAGAUCAGAGACAACCCUAAUCCCUCAUUUCAAACGUCAACUCGCAUUCUAAAGUACCGUUGAUCAAACGCUACUAUCUACCAUAAGUCUAUAUAGAGAUAUGAGCGCAGACAAGGAUAAAUACUAUACUAUUGACCAGAAUGUGAGUUUUUU